AUGCCCAGUAGCGCCUGUUGCUCAAAAUCUCGGGCCUGGCCUCUCUGUUGUGAAGCUGCUUUGCAAGCCCAUAUGCACAGCGCUUCGGUCGCCAGAGACACUGCUAGGCUCAGGAACAGGAACAAAGCACGUAGUAUUGCGCUUGGAUUGGAUACUCAAGAAGGCGGUUUAAUUAUCGCCUCACCAACAUUUGUCCUAAGUCUUCCAGAGUAUCACCCUGAGGAACCCGCUCGCGUUUUGUCGUUGGCGCCACCGGUCCAUGCCGACACUGGAGGCCCUGCUGACGCUGUACAUGGAUUAACGGCUGAGAUGGCAAAUACGAACUUGAAGGAUACGCAUUUUUCCAUGGAUCUCGCGCAAACUAACCCAAGUUUCGCGACCGGUUCAACUUCAAAUAUUGGAUUUGUUCAACCUUAUACGGGUAGUCCAGAGGAAUCUGCCAAGAUCUCUCAACGCGGUUUUGUUGCGAAAUGCCUCUUCCCCGGUUGCGAAGCUUCCGUCCGGAACUCUGACAAGAUGGUGGCCAUCGAGAAUCUCUACUUAUUCCAUCAAAAGGCUUCCCAUCCUGAGUGGGAUAUCAGUGGGACUAUCGAAGGACGUUGCCAGGUUACAGACAUCGCUUGA